CCUGUUCAUGACAAUGGGUCUACCCGUAGGCCUCGUGAGGAUAAUCUCAGAAGAAUAUGUAUCCCCGACUCCCUUAGUACGUGCAUGUCCCCCUAAGGAGUCAGCGACUGGUGCUGUGCACCGUUACUAUACCUCCGUUGUUGAGUGCCAUACUGGGGAGUCUUGGAUGCAGCACUCGAAAUUCGGAAAAAAAGAGCAACAAUUACUUCCAUGACGAGAAACGCAUCUUCCUCAUGCUCGAAUUCGCUGGCAAAGGCGAGUUAUACAAGCAGCUCUCCAAGCAUGGUAGCUUUUCGGAGAAACGCAGCUCGAGGUAUAUCGACCAGAUGGCAGAUGCUUUGACAUACUUGCAUGGCAAGCACGUCGUUCAUCGAGAUAUCAAGCCGGAGAAUUUGUUGUUGGGAAUUAAUGGUGAGCUGAAGAUAGGCGACUUUGGAUGGAGCGUACACGCACCCGGAAAUAGGCGCAUGACACUCUGCGGGACACUUGAUUACCUGCCACCUGAGAUGGUCGAGGGAAAGGAACACAAUGAGAAGGUAGAUUACUGGGCCCUGGGCGUACUAACAUACGAGUUCAUGGUUGGGAAUCCUCCCUUUGGAGAUCGGAACAGCGUUAACGGUAAGCAGCCUUGUUACACUGGCCCUUUCUUCAGCUGACAUUUGUAAUUCAAGCCACUUACCGUCGAAUAGCUAAA